AAGAGUUCAUCUUUGUUUUGCCAAAGAAUAACACAACUCUCAGACUUUUUGAGUUUUGUUCAGAGUUGAUUCAAGGAAUUACAUCAGCAAUGAAGAUAAUUUAUAUUUUCCUGACAUUUCUCAUUACUGUGUCUUGUGGUCCAUCAGUUUCAGAAAAAAAAAGAAGAGAAAUUGAAGAGAGAAAAAGAGAAUGUUACCUUGUUAAUGGUGUUUGUAAGACUGAGUGCAACACCUGGGAAUAUGUAUAUAAUUACUGCAAUGUUGAACCCUGCUGUGUGAUACGAGAAUAUCAAAAGCCAGUCAUGACUACAGCAGCUUAUGCAGAUAAAAACUUGGCUGAUUUACCACAUAACACUACAUCCAUGAAAUAUUCCUAAUAAAAAUAAACUUUUUAUUUUCUUUCUAUCAAUCUGUUUUCAAAGGAGUGACCUCUUGCCUUCUAUAUUACACAACUAUGCCAUGGCUAAUGAGUUCUAAAUGUUGGAUUAGGAUAAGGGAAAUAAAGAAAACAAUGGUAUCCUUUUCAAUAAAUUGGCAGGUUUUUCUCCACUCAUAUGAAAAACUUCCGUUUUCAAUGCUUCCCUUUACCCCUACUGUAUAUAUUGGGCCCAGUACUGUAACCUA